AUGAAUCCAAAAUAUCCCACAGGGUCCUUCCUCUACCUCAAUCGCGAGAAUGAUGACGGCACCGGCCCAAGCUCCUCGUCGGUCAAGUUGCAGAUUGCAAUAGUCGGGGCUGGGGUUGGAGGGCUUUCAGCAGCUAUUGCUCUGCGACGGGAGGGCCACGACGUCACCGUGUUCGAGUCAACUCCUAUCCUGAGCGAGAUCGGCGCCGGCAUUCAUGUUCCACCAAACUCGACACGUAUCCUGCAUUCUUGGGGCCUGGAAGCUGCGCUGCGGAAAAUUUCGAUGAUGCCUCGAAGCUUGCUCUGGCGACGAUGGGAAAACGGCAAAGUCAUCGGCAACUCGAGAUUGAAUCCGGAAUGCCAGGACUGGUUUGGUUCUCCCUACUACGUCACCCACAGAGCGCAUCUCCAUGAGAUCCUGCACAGAAAGGCCGUUGAGCUGGGUGUAAUAGUGCGACUGGCCAGCAGAGUGGAGCAGUACAAUCCAGAUGAGCCAUCGUUUGUCCUCGAGGGUGGGGAAACCGUGAGAGCAGAUCUCGUCGUGGCAGCUGACGGCAUAAAAUCCUUGGCUCGGAAAACGCUGCUCGGAACGGCAGACAGCGGACUUCGAGAUCAUGGCCUAGCUGUGUACCGGGCCACUGUGAGCGUCGAGGAGAUGUUGAAGAAUGAGAAGACUGCGCCACUCGUCAAGAGCCCGAAUCUCCAUCUCUGGUGCCUGAUCAUUGAUAGGGUUGGAGGCAACGACCACCACGUCAUGGCAUACAGAUUUGCCAACGACAAGCUACUCAAUCUCGUUGUCACUCAUCCUGCCGAAGGCGAGCCCGAGACCUGGAACGGGAUCGACCAUGUUGCAGACUUGCGAAGGGAUUUCAAGGGCUGGGAUCCUGCGUUGACCACAUUGUUGGAUAUGGUUCAGACGGCGGCGAAGUCGCCGUUAAAAGACAUCCGGGUUUCAGACAAGUGGUCGUCGCCAAGUCGAAAGACGAUUCUGGUCGGAGACGCAGCUCACGCGAUGUUGUCUUUCAUGGCUUCCGGCGCGGCAAUGGCGGUCGAAGAUGCAGUGGCUUUGGCAGAAAGCCUGCGCUUUGCCACCAGGAAAGACAUGAUUUCCCAGGCUAUCGCGGUUUUCGAACAAGUACGCAUACCCCGAGUGAAACAAGUGCACGAUGCCACUGUCAAGCACGGCUAUACAUUACACCUGCCGGACGGACCAGAACAACAAAGCAGGGACAAGGCGAUGGAGAAGGAAGUCAACGGCGAACACUUCAUAUCGAGUCCCAAUCAGUGGAGCGAUCCGACCGUCCUGAGUUGGUUAUAUCCACACAAGCCAGCAGUGGCAGUGAGGAAGGCCUGGGCAGAGCGCGGUCCGAAGAACCACAACGGGGUAAAUGAUUCGGGAAUGGUUAGAAGAGACGAGCAGCUGCCGAAGGGAUGUGUGACUACCAAUUGGGAUCCUCAAGUAACCCUCCAUGUGUGA